UAAAAUUAUUCAAAGGCCUCAAUAAUCAAAAUUCGAAAUUAAAAAAUAUAUCUGAAACUAUGUCCUUGCAUUUUAGUGCCCAGCAGUUCGAGGACCGUUUCCGGGGUCGGCGCCUCAGCAACUGGGAGUACCCGCGCUUCGCCCCACCGCGUCCCCGCACUAUACGGGCCAAGGUCAAGAUCCUAGCCGGCCAGGACGGCCACCUACUGCCCGGCGUUAGGAGGGAGGGCAACUCCUUUGGGCAUUAUCGGGGCACGUACGAGCUGCCACUGAAGAUAACCCGGAAGUUCUGCGAGCACUACGAUGCCUGCCUGAGCGGACGGUACAAGUUCCGGGACUAUCCGCGGGAUCUGUGCAGCUGCCAGUGGGAGAACCAGCGGGCACUGGCCUGCGACAAGCGCCGGACGCUCGGCGAGAAGGGCGACCCGCGCUGGGAGCGCCAGCAGUGCCAGACCAAGUGCGAGGGCCUCCACCAGCUGACGCAGCUCUACAACCGGAGUCAGCGCUGUAAACGGGCCAGGUGCAAAGACGAGAUCGAACGCACUGUCCCCGUGCCGCUCAAGGCCAAGGUGGCCCAAGUAUCGACCGACCAGAGACGCCGCCGGAAGCGGACCAUCACCGCCUUCCCCAAGCCCCGGGCCACCCUGUACGCCAAUGAGUCGGUCGCCUCCUAUGACCAGCGCACCCACAAGUCCGACAAGGACAAGAUCCCCGCCGUAGUUGCUCCGGCCUCGGGCAAGUCCAAAGAGAAGGAGAAGGGCAGGUCCAAGGACUCCAAGUCAUCCACCAGAAGCGACAAGGAUAAGACCAAGACCACCAAGAAAUCCUCCAAAACACGGCACACCUGA